AUGUGCGGCCCAGGCGCAAGUACUCAAAAGACAACUCAGGUUGUCACCGGAGCCAUUCCCAUCUUCUUGGCGGGGGCCGUGGUGUUCUCAUCCUACGUUGUCAUUGACAAGGUCUGCUACGGUCACUUUUACUCCCAAGGAUGGACAAGGACAGCGCACGCCAUCACGGCCAUCCUCGCCAUAUCCCUCCUGUUCAUGACGCUCAGUUACAUGCGCCUCUUCCACAUGAUUGUGCGGAACCCGGGCCUCGUACCCUCGCCCAAGCAUGAUGCCAAAUCCCAAGACCCAGAGGCACCAUACGACAUAACAUCUCCUUCGGAGUCCCGGCCCGGCGGCAGGAUCAUCAACGGACCCGGCGACCCAGAGGUGCAGCUGAACGAGAUUCCAGCCCUGCGCCCAGACCGUCCGGAGCUUGAGGUUUUCUACGGCCUUGAAGCGUUUGUCUGCGACGCUUACGGCAAGCCGCGCUACUGUACCAACUGUGCCACCUGGAAGCCUGAUCGCGCCCACCACAGUGGCGAGAUUGGCCGCUGUGUUCGCAAGAUGGAUCACUACUGUCCCUGGGUUGGCGGUAUGGUGGCCGAGACCUCGUUCAAGUUCUUCGUCCAGUUCGUAUUCUAUGCCACGGUCUUCUGCACCAUCUGCCUGGUCCCGGCUGCUAUUGUCCUCAACGCCCAGAUGCGUUCUGGUUUGGGCGUGGACCCCCAGGUCUGCGUCGUCGUCGGCCUCGGCGCCUUCUUUGGUCUUUUCUCCUCUACCAUGACCUUCAACUGCCUACGCUUCAUCGCACUCAAUACCACCAACAUUGACGCCAUCGACUAUGAUUCCAAGUGUUACCGCCUGGCCAUUCGCGUCCCGGACGAGGACGCCACCUACCGCGCCGCCAUCUUUUGCCCCGUUGUCUCCUUCCCGCUCCACAAGAAUUCCUUCCGCCCGCGCUGUGCCCAGCGGGACAUUGGCCCAGACGACGAGACUGACGAGCAGCGCGACGAGCGUUGGGCGAGACUAGACCGCCAAGCUCAAGAGCAGGCCAUUCCAUCCCGCACCAACAUCAUUCCGGGAGCCCCUCGGCGUUACUAUGCUGUUGUCACUACCAAGCCCGGGGAGAACCCGUGGCACAUGGGCAGUACUUAUCUGAACAUCUGCUCCGUCAUGGGCAAUCGCGUUUUCGACUGGUUCCUGCCCAUGCGCCAGAGCCCGUGCAUCAACGAGCAAAGCGACCAGGGAUUUUACCGUUUCGGACCACUUCUUGAGACUCUGAGGUCGAGGCACGGCCUUCGCCGUCCCGAUGAGGCUGUGGAGUCUGAGAAGGCUUCUCUGAUUUGA